AUGCGUGGAUCUUAUCAUCCAGUCACUGUACGCGUGCAGGCCCUGACUUUGGCCUACUGUGGUGUUGAUAUCAAGCAUAUUGAGGCUACAACUGGCAUGCCUCGCCAGACAAUUCAAUACUGGAUUAAGAAAGCCAGGGAACGCGGCUACAAUCCAGAGAUAGAUCCACGCAUCUUACCAGUUUACGUCGAAGAUGGCAAGCGUACGGGACGUCCAAAGGAGAUUACUGAAGCAACUGAACAAGCUAUUCUUGAAUCUAUUAGCAAGGAUCGAAAUGGGCGUGAGAAAUCUUCUGAAAUUCUAGCAUUUGAAGCU